UUGAAAAAAAGAGAAAAAAUCAAAAGAUGUCUGGCCAAUCUUCACAAGAUGAUGGUAAAUGUCCUGGACAAAGAAAAAGGUUUUUUAUGCCAAAAGUGCAAAGAAAAUUUGUGAAUUUAGGUUCAAUGACAGGGAGAUGGAUGAAAAUCAAAUCAAAGAAAUGUUGUAAAUCUGAUGAGGACCUUGCUCGACUUUUGAUCCAAAGCUUACAUCAGCUUGAUCAACAAAUUAGGUAUGGCGGUCAUAUUUCUAGAUAUUUGAAGAGAAGAAACAUACCGAAGCAUGAGAGUUAUAGGAUAAUUACACUUCAAACUGAUGUAUGGACGCGCUGGAGAGAACUGCAAUGUUCACUUCAAGUUAAUUCUAACAGUCAAUUUGCAAAUGUGCUGAUGAAUGCAUGGCAUGACAGAGCUGACUACAUACCGAAACUUUGGGAUGCCCCUAAAGCUAGUCAACAGGCCCCUGUAAAUGAGACCCAAGUAAUUCAGGUCGUGAAGAAGGAAGCUGGUAUGACAGAGGCACAUGUGAAUGAAACCUCAAUGCAUAAGAACCUUGUGGAAAGUGCUAAUGUUAAUGAGGCUUUUGUGAAUGAGACCUCCAUGAAUAAGUAUCUUGUGGAGGAUGCUUCUGUGAAUAAGGCUCCCGUCACUGAGCCCAUCAGGAGUACAUGUAAGUACUUUGUGGAUAUUACCACAGUGAAAUACGCUUCUGUAAAUAACAUCUCAAACAAUAAUAUCCCUGUUGAAGGUGCUUCUUUAAGUGAGGUUCCUGCGACUAGAAUCUUCAGGAAUACAUGGAAUUAUCUUGUGGAAGAUGCCCCUGCGAAUGACGCUUGUGUGAAUAACACCUUCAGGAAAAAAUCUUUGUACUUUGUGGAAGAUGCUUCUGUGAAUCAGGCUCCUGUGAAUCAGGCUUUAAAUAAGUAUCCUGUGGAAGAUGCUUCUGUGAAUAAAGCUCCUGUGACUGAGGCCUUGAAUAAGUAUCAUGUGGAAGAUGCUUCUGUGAAUAAAGCUCCUGUGACUGAGGCCUUGAAUAAGUAUCCUGUGGAAGAUAAUUCUGUGAAUAAAGCUCCUGUGACUGAGGCCUUGAAAAAGUACCUUGUGGAAGAUGCUUCUGUGAAUAAAGCUUCUAGGACUGAGGCUUUGAAUAAGUACCUUAUGAGAGAUGCUUCUGUGAAUAAGGCUUCUGUGACUGAGGCCUUGAAUAAGUAUCCUGAGGAAGAUGCUUCUGUGAAUAAAACUCCUUGGACAGAGGCUUUGAAUAAAUACCUCAUGGAAGUUGCUUCUGUGAAUAAAGCUCCUGUGACUGAGGCCUUGGAUAAGUGUCUUCUGGAUGAUGCUUCUGUGAAUGAAGCUCCUUCAAGUGAGGGUUGUAUGAAUAAAUGUUAUUAUCUUAUGGAAGAUGUACCUGAUGCUUCUGCGAAACGCACCAUCAGGGAUAAGUAUCUUGUUGAAGAUGUCCUUGUGAAUAAGGGUGUUGCGACUGUGGCCUUCAAGAAUAAAGUCCUUAUUGAACAUGCUUAUGUGAAAAAGGCUCCUGCCCCUGGAAAUGAUGCUCCUGUGGCUGAGGACUUAGGGAAUAAGUUCCUUGUUGAAGAUGCUUCUAUGAAUGAGAUUUCUGACACUUUAAAUAAGGCACUAGUGAAGCAAGAAAUAAUGACAGAUCAGUCAGACAAGAUUAGCAGUGAACCAUGCAGAGAAGUGUCACCAGAAUGUCCAAAUGUGAAAGAAGAAUGUGUUAGUGAGGGAGAAGUAAGUGUUAGUGAGGAAUCAGAGUCUGACACAGAAAUUGAAGAUAUAAUGAAUUACCUUAAAGCUGAUAAGAAAUUGAUCAAGAUAACUAAAGAUUCUACUUCUACUCAAGAUAAUGCAGAUUUAGGAAACAGAAGGAGAAGCUCAAGAGUUCAGUCACGGGGUUACAGGCCUAAUUAUGCAAGCUUGGAUUGGAUAGAUGACCAUGAGAAAAAGAGUAAUGAUUAUGUAUCUGAAAUUGUGGUUACAAUGGAGGACAAACAGAUACAUGGAAGAAGAAAGCAUAUUUCUCCUGCUGAUACUGCAGUGACAGAAGAUGAUAAGUUUAAAAAUGAUUUUAAAACUAAAAGAAAUUAUAAAAGGAAAGUAAAAGAUCCUGAUUUUUUUCCUGAUGAAAUUGAAUGUUUUGAAAAUUUGGAUGAAAGUGAUGAUAGUUCUGAAACUGAUGACAUGGAUGAUGAGGAAAGCUACACACUGGAGAAUGAAGGUGAUAGCUUGACCGAAAGUAAAUAUACAGAUUUGAGAAAGAGAAAAAGAAAAAUUGGUAAAUCAGUUGGUAAUAAUUGUAAGAAAAGGAAAAAGUCAUGGGUCCAUAUAAAACUAGAAGAGCAUCAGGACAAGUACAGUAAAGAAAUUGUCAAAUCAUUUGCAAGAAAAGAUCGUAAUGUUGAUGUAACAGAAGAAUUAUUCAAAUGUUUAAUAUGUGGUAAUUUCAAGUCCACAGCUAGAGAUCUUUUUGAGGAACAUAUUGAAAAACAUGUGAAUAAAGUCCUGGAAUGUGACAAAUGUUCUUAUGUAGGUAACUCUGAAUUUGUGUUAUUAAAGCAUAAGUUUUCUGUUGGACAUGCAUCUGGAAAUAAACAGUUUAUUUGUGAUAUAUGUGGCAUAGUUCUAUACACAUCAGUUGCUAGAUUGUCACAUAUUGGAAAGGAACACGGCGACCCUCAGUUUCAAUGUUGGUACUGUGAUGAAAAGUUUGCUACAAAUAGUAGAAGAAAGAAGCAUUAUAGAACAGUACAUACUGACCUUGUCAAGUAUUGCUUCAUCUGUGAAUCUGAUUACAGUCACUUAAGUUUGGAAUACUUCAGAGAUCAUCAAAGUUCUUGCAAGGUCACAAAUCAGUGCCAGGUAUGUGGUGUAUGCCUGUCAACAAAGAGUGGAUUAAAGAAACAUAUAGAAUCUAUACACAUGAAUGUUAGAAAUUACCAGUGUUCUACAUGCCCAUAUUCUGCAAAAUGUGCUCAGAGACUUAAAGAGCAUGAAUUGAGUCAUAGAAGUGAUCAUCAAUACUUUUGUGACAAAUGUACAUUUACUUGUGUUCAAAAAUACCAGCUAAAGUCUCACAUGAGAACACAUACUGGGGAGAAGCCAUAUAAGUGUUCACAAUGCAAGUUUGCAGCUGCAUGGAAUGUUCAACUAAAGGAACACGCCAAAGUUCAUGGGAUGGAAAAUACAGUUGCAUGUUCACAUUGUGAUAUUGUUUUUCGUAACCGAAAAGCAUUAAAAAUGCAUGAGAAAAAAGAUCAUCCUGAAAUUCCUGGAAAUAUUAAAAAAUCGAAAAAACGACGAUAGUUAAUGUUCAUACUUGUGUUUAGCUUGUAAAACAUGUUUCUUUAUAAGUUAGGGUUGGACAUAAACUAGUUAUAUUUUCGCCAAAAUUACAAGUUGAUUAUUGAAUAUGAUAUUUUUAUAUACCUGUACGCAUUUGCUUUGUUUUCUGUAAAUUGAUAGAGGCAAGUCAAAAAUAGAAUAAAAUAAAAAGAAAAAUCUUCACUUUAAUAAGAUUUAAAACCACAAGCCUUUGUUUGGACUGAAUUGACCAAAGUCCUGACAGCGGUAACUUGCCUGAAUCAGUAGUUAAAGAUUAUGACCUGCAACAAUAGAAUGUAUGUACCUCAAGCAUACUACCUGGCCAGCUGGAACAUCAUCGUGUGUAAAAAGUAGACUAUAUAUUGAUGGAAGAGUCAUAAUCCGAUACAUUUACAAUAUCUUUCUUUAAGAAACAUUAAUAUUUUGUCCGUGUUUCUCUCUUAUAACUUUACUAUUGGCGUAUAUUGCCCAGCCUCUUGCUUUUACUGCAGGAUAGUAUAAUCAAAGUAAGAAAGGGGGCUAAUUGUUUUAAAACUUAUGCAAGAAUUACUUGCUUUUGAUAGAAAACAAAUAUUUCAACUUUGAAGUCUUUACAAUGUUUAUCUGAUUAUUUAGCAAGUUAGGAAAAUAUAAAGAUACAAAAAGGGAGAAAAUAUAUUAAGUAAUUGUAUAUUUUGAGGACUCUAAUGAUCUUAAUCCACCUAAGAAAUUUCAAGUUGGCUUCCAAAACUUUCUUACCCACUCUUUAUUGUGAUGUCAUUCAGUGACACAUUUUUAAUAACUUUGUUUAAAGAUAUGGUUCUUUAAAACAAUUUGUGAUCGACAGAUGAGUUUGUAGAUCAAGAUCACGCUAGGACUUUUAAGGUUUAUAAUUUCUAAAAGUACAUCGAUGGUUAUAUACUGUCAUCCAUGAAUCAAUUUUGAAAUAUCUAGGCAUACUUCUGCGGCACAUUAUGAAAGCUUGUCACAGGCAAACGGAAGGUCGAAAGUUUACAAGAUGAAGGUUAUUCUUGUAUGUCAGACAAGUACAUUGAUGGAAUUGUGUUGGGUCAUAUCAUUGUCAUUCAUAGAUGUUUUUUUUAAACAUUUGGGCUGGCUGAGAAUAUGAGAAAAUAUUUGUUAAUGGUUCUUUAUACUUGUAACUCUCUUUUUAUAGUAACAUCGCCUUUGAUGAGUUGCACUACUUGGCCUAGCUUGGGGGUGUCUGUUCCCAACAACAGUUAUAUUUAGUUCUUUCAUCUCAGAUGCUGCAAUAUAGUGUAACAUGGGUAUGCUUGAGACUUUUACCUCUAGACAAAAAUAAGCAUGAAAAGUAACAAAUUUUUUAGUAACUUAAGAAAUAUGAAGGAUAUAGAUAAUCAUAUAAUCCUUGUCCACUGCAUUCCUUCUGAAUAAGAUCUGACAUAUACAUACUUAAAAAUUUAGCUUUAUGUAAAAAUGUACAAAAAUAUUUUCAUGUAAAAUAAAAGAUUUUUUCUCUUGUUACUUGAAUAUUUAUCCAUUGUUAGUCUUUUCUAUUCUUAACGGUAUAUGGCUGUUCACUCAGCCAAUAAGCUUUUAUUCUGAGGGCAUACAAGGUGUGAGUUUCAGUCACAGACUGCACAUUUUUAUGCCUCUGGGCAUAACAAUAAUUGAACAAUGCGUCUGCACAAUCGUCUCAUAUACAAGGUUAAAGUAAAUCGGAAAGUCGGAUAUAUCUUCAGUUCUACCUCAGUAUCAUUGGCCUCAUAAUACACACCAGAACAAAGCCCAUAAACUUGGCAAUUUUCUUUACUGUGGCUCCCAUUUUCCUCCACUUAUUUCCCUUUUUUAUUUCCUUGUAAAUUAUAAGGACCUUGUAUAGUUAAGCACAGCCGUCAUUUAUAAUACCAUAUGGUAACAUAUGAGUAUGCUUGAGUUUGGGGUCACAAGAUCAAUGUCAUCAUUGCUAAAAACAGAUUAUUACACCCAUCUUAUACAUGCCUACUA